AUCAGAACAGGUAUGCAGGGUGUAAAAAGAAAGAGUAAGAGCACGAGAACGUGAGAGAGAUAAAAAGAGAGCGAGAGUGAGAGAGGGAGGAUAAUUUUCUCUGAGACUGCUUCAGGGAUUACCAUUUCCAUGAAGCAGGAUGGCCACUCUAAACAGUUCCAGUUUUUCCAACAGCAGCGCUCCGUUCCGCUGCAAGUUCAACGAAGACUUCAAGUACAUCCUGCUGCCCACCUCGUACGGCGUGGUGUUUGUGAUCGGCCUGCUGCUGAACGCCAUCGCCAUGUACGCCAUGCUGUUCCGCAUCAAACAGUGGAGCCCCAACACCAUCUACAUGAUCAACCUGACGGUGUGCGACACCCUGUACAUCCUCACGCUGCCCUUCCUCAUCUACUACUACGCCGAUAAGAACGUCUGGCCCUUCAGCGAGUCUUUCUGCAAGCUCAUCCGCUUCCUGUUCUACGCCAACCUCUACGGCAGCAUCCUCUUCCUCAGCUGCAUCAGCCUCCAUCGCUUCCUGGGCGUGUGCCACCCUGUGAGGUCCAUGCACUGGGUCAGCCCCCGGAGAGCCCGGCUGGUUUCAGUAGCAGUGUGGGUGAUUGUGCUGGUCUUCCAGGCACCAGUGCUCUACUUCUCCAGAACCAGGAAUGCUGGGAAUGACUUGGUUUGCCUCGACACCACAACUGAGGAGCUCUUCAACCACUUCCUGGUCUACAGCACGGCGAUAUCCGUCCUGUUCUUCGUGAUCCCCUUCCUGGUGGUGCUGGUGUGUAACGGCCUGAUGGUGCGGAAGCUGCUGGAGCCCACCGCCGUCGGCGGAGCGACAUCCCAGCGCUCCAAAAAGAAAUCGGUGAAGAUGAUCAUCAUCGUCCUGCUGACCUUCAUGCUCUGCUUUCUGCCGUUUCACCUGACGAGGAGUCUGUACUACUGCUUCCGCAACCUGCAGGUCAGCUGUGGUCUCCUGGAAGGAUCCAGCAUCGCCUACAAGGUCACCAGACCGCUGGCCAGCGCCAACAGCUGCAUAGAUCCCAUUCUGUACUUCAUGGCUGGACAGGGUUUCCGGAGAAGCAUCAACAGAAAUAACAAGAAAGGCUACAGGACUGAGAAAGGGAAAUCUCUCUCCACGUCACUAUGAUCGAAAGAGAUAGAGAGAGAUGAGCCAAACAUUUGGAACAUUGAACCUUUUUUGUACAAUACUUUUAUCAGAAUUUUCUAGAAUCUAUUUAGGUGUGCAGAUUGUCGUCUAUCUGUUGCAAAGAAAAGACAACCGACAAAACAGUGAUAUCUUGCUAAACCCUGAUAUUGUACCAAAAAUCCUACUGUCAAUAUAUUGUUAUUGAUGACCCAAAGCCACUAGGUCACCACUGUCCUAAAAAAAGCUCUGCAAAAAGGCCAUCAUAGAACCACCACCAACCAGAUUUAGCCCUGGAGCAGAGGAAGUUAAGGACCUUGCAUAAGUGCCUUGCCCAAAGGUUUAGUACUAUAGACAUGGGUAUUGAACCCACAACCUUGUUAUUGAUGACCCAAAGCCAUUGGCCACCACUGCCUUAAACAGCACUGCAAAAAGACUGCCAUAGAACCACCACCAACCAGCCCCUGGAACAGAGAAAGCUUAGGUUAUUGCUCAACGGUGUAGUACUGUAGACAUGGGUAUCGAACCCACAACCUUGUUAUCGAUUGUUUAAAGCCACUGGGCCACCACUAUCCUAAAAAGCACUGAUAAGACAGCUGUAGGGCUGCCACCAACCAGUGCCUUGCCCAAAGGUUUAGUACUAUAGACAUGGGUAUCGAACCCACAACCUUGUUAUUGAUGACCCAAAGCCAUUGGCCACCACUGCCUUAAACAGCACUGCAAAAAGACUGCCAUAGAACCACCACCAACCAGCCCCUGGAACAGAGAAAGCUUAGGUUAUUGCUCAACGGUGUAGUACUGUAGACAUGGGUAUCGAACCCACAACCUUGUUAUCGAUUGUUUAAAGCCACUGGGCCACCACUAUCCUAAAAAGCACUGAUAAGACAGCUGUAGGGCUGCCACCAACCAGUGCCUUGCCCAAAGGCGUAGUACUAUAGACAUGGGUAUUGAACCCACAAUCUUGUUAUUGAUGACCCAAAGCCAGUAGUGAAAGAACCUUGCCCAAAGGCUUUGUAUACAUGGGUAUCGAACCCACAACCUUGUAAUCGAUUACCAUAGAAUGGGACAAGUUUCAUUCCCCAGGUUUGCCCCUGGAGCAAAGCGGGCAAUAGGCCUUGCCCAAGGGCUUAGUAGAAAUGAGUAUUAAACCCACAACCAUGCUAUUGAUGACCCAGUGCUCUAAUCACUGAGCCACCACUGAAAUAUAAAUGCACAGGAAAAGGACCACCAUAGAAGCCCAAAGGCUUUGUAUACAUGAGUAUCAAACCUACAACCUUGAAUUCGAUUACCCAAUGCCACUGGGCCACCACUGUCCUAAAAAUUCCUAAAAAGGGAUCACCAUCAACCAGAUGUGACCCUGGAGCAAAGUAGGUUAUGGGCCUCGCCCAAUGGGUCUCAAAGUCACAACCAUGUUAUUGAAAGAACCACCACCAAUCAGAUUUAUUACCUGGAGAAGAGGGAGUUAAGGAUCUUGCAUAAGUGCCUAGCCCAAAUGCUUUGUAUACACGGUAUCAAACCCACAACCUUGUAAAUCCAUUAAAACAUUUAAAAAAUCCUAGAAUGGGACAACCAUCAACCCGAACUUCCCUUGGAGCAAAGCGGGUUAUGAGCCUUGCCCAAGGUCUUAGUAGAAAUGAAUAUCAAACCCACAACCAGGUUGUUUGUUGGAAAUCACUUGUGCUCUAAUAAAUGAGCCACCACUGCUCUGGAAAGCUCUGAAACAGGAUUACCAUAGGACCACCACCAAACAGAUUUAUCUAUGGACCAGACAUAGGUAAGGACCUUGCAUAAGUGCCUACCCCAAAGGCUUUGUAUACAUGGGUAUUGAACCCACAACCUUGUUAUCAAUUACCCAAUGCCACUGGGCCACCACUGUCCUAAAAUUCCUUUUUAAAACAUUUGUAUAAAAUUUAUCCAGGUACCUUUGGGAUUAUCUCCUAAAAUAACAGGUCAUGUUAGUAAUGUGACAGUGAUGCUCACUGAUGCUCUUGUGAGGCUGUAUGCAAUCAAAUUCUCCCCACAGCAAAGUUUUAACAUCUAGUUUGAAAGCCUGCUGAAAGUGUUUAUAAAGACUGUUACUGAAACAAAGGACUCAAACCUCCUGUUAAUGCUUUUGAUUUCAGAAGAAUCACAGCAUGAGACUCUGUAAGGUUAAACUUGACCCUGUUUACAAAGUAUUUUCUGUUUUAAACACUGGUGACACUGUGUUGGAACAUUCCACCAUUGCCUCCAAGGUCAGCAUUCUAGGACCAUUUCCAAGAAUGAGUGCGGUAAUGAGAAUGAAAGCAGUGCAGGUGAAUAAUGAGCCCCCGGAGCGCUGUGUACCCAGAGCGUGGGUGUGUUUGAUCUGUCAUUAGCUCCACAACGGAAUAUCAGGUUUUUCGUAAGUAGAAAUUAUUAAUGAACUGGUUCUUGGUGCUGCUCUGCAGAGACAUGCUUCUGUACGCCUCUCUCUAACUGAUAGACAUUCCCACAGUGAUGCUAUGAAGGGAUGCACAUGGUCAGCAACCGAUUUUAAAAUGCUGUGGUACCUAAACGAUUGACUGAUUGGAGUCAGUAACUGUAGAAAGCAUGGAGAGUGCAACAUCAUCUCUCAAAAUGAAGCAGCCACAUUUUCCAUCAAAUUUUUCUCGUCUAAACUGUCUUUCUAUGAAGAGGAAUUUGUGCCAAAUCAAAAAGAAAACAUUCCAGUGA